AGUGCGCUGGCGGCGGCGGCGGCGGCGGCGGCGGCGGCGGCAGGGCUGUUUGUUCUGCUCUCCCGUAGCCGAGAAGCCGAAGCAGUGGCUGCGACGGUGGCGGCUACCGGCGGUAUUCGCCGGCGAGCGGGGCCUGUGAGCGCGGCGGAGCGGCGGGCGCGACGGGCGGGCCCCGGCGCCGCAUAGCAGCCCAAGGAGGAGGUUGCGGCGGCUGGCGGAGGCGGCGUGCGGCCUAGCGUCUCAGAGUGCCUGGUGAAGAAUGUGAUGGGAUCAGUAGCAUGUCUGCGGAGAGCGGCCCUGGGACGAGAUUAAGAAAUCUGCCCGUAAUGGGGGAUGGACUAGAAACUACCCAGAUGUCUACAACACAGGCCCAGGCCCAACCCCAGCAAGCCAACACAGCCAGCACCAACCCCCCACCCCCGGAGACCUCCAACCCCAACAAGCCCAAGAGGCAGACCAACCAACUGCAAUAUCUGCUCAAAGUGGUGCUCAAGACACUAUGGAAACACCAGUUUGCGUGGCCUUUCCAGCAGCCUGUGGACGCCGUCAAGCUAAACCUCCCUGAUUACUAUAAGAUCAUUAAAACACCUAUGGAUAUGGGAACAAUAAAGAAGCGCUUGGAAAACAACUAUUACUGGAAUGCUCAGGAAUGUAUCCAGGACUUCAACACUAUGUUUACAAACUGUUACAUCUACAACAAGCCUGGAGAUGACAUAGUCUUAAUGGCAGAAGCUCUGGAGAAGCUUUUCUUGCAAAAAAUCAAUGAACUGCCCACAGAAGAAACGGAGAUCAUGAUAGUCCAGGCAAAAGGAAGAGGACGUGGGAGAAAAGAAACAGGGACAGCAAAACCUGGCGUCUCUACGGUACCGAACACAACACAAGCAUCAACUCCUCCGCAGACGCAGACCUCUCAGCAGAACCCUCCACCUGUGCAGGCCACACCUCACCCGUUCCCCACUGUCACCCCAGACCUCAUCGUCCAGACCCCUGUCACAGUGGUGCCUCCCCAGCCACUGCAGACACCCCCACCGGUGCCCCCCCCACCCCCUCCACCCCCGGCCCCCCAGCCCGUGCAGAGCCAUCCAUCCAUCAUUGCGGCCACCCCACAGCCUGUGAAGACAAAGAAGGGUAUUAAGAGGAAAGCAGAUACCACAACCCCCACUACCAUCGACCCCAUUCACGAGCCGCCUUUGCUGCCCUCGGAACCCAAGACCACCAAGCUGGGCCCACGGCGGGAGAGCAGCCGGCCUGUCAAGCCCCCGAAGAAGGACGUGCCUGAUUCGCAGCAGCACCCGGCACCAGACAAGAGCAGCAAGGUCUCAGAGCAGCUCAAGUGCUGCAGCGGCAUCCUCAAGGAGAUGUUUGCCAAGAAGCAUGCAGCUUAUGCUUGGCCUUUCUACAAGCCCGUGGAUGUGGAAGCACUGGGCCUUCACGACUACUGUGACAUCAUAAAGCAUCCCAUGGACAUGAGCACAAUCAAGUCUAAACUGGAGGCCCGUGAGUACCGCGAUGCUCAGGAAUUUGGUGCCGAUGUCCGGUUGAUGUUCUCUAAUUGCUACAAGUACAACCCUCCUGACCAUGAGGUGGUAGCCAUGGCCCGAAAGCUCCAGGAUGUGUUCGAGAUGCGCUUUGCCAAGAUGCCAGACGAGCCUGAGGAGCCUUUGGUGUCUGUGUCCUCCCCCGCGGUGCCACCCCCCACCAAGGUCGUGGCCCCACCCUCGUCCAGUGACAGCAGCAGCGAUAGCUCCUCGGACAGUGACAGCUCAACCGAUGACUCUGAGGAGGAGCGAGCCCAGCGGCUGGCAGAGCUCCAGGAGCAGCUCAAAGCCGUGCACGAGCAGCUUGCAGCCCUCUCGCAGCCCCAGCAGAACAAACCAAAGAAAAAAGAGAAAGAUAAAAAGGAAAAGAAAAAAGAAAAGCACAAAAAGAAAGAGGAAGUGGAAGAGAAUAAGAAAAGCAAAGCCAAGGAGCUUCCUCCCAAAAAGACCAAGAAAAACAACAGCAGCAACAGUAACACAAGCAAGAAGGAGCCAGCACCUGUGAAGACCAAGCCCCCUCCAGCAUAUGAGUCAGAGGAGGAGGACAAGUGCAAGCCCAUGUCCUACGAGGAGAAGCGCCAGCUCAGUCUGGACAUCAACAAGCUCCCGGGUGAGAAGCUGGGCCGAGUGGUGCACAUCAUACAGUCGAGGGAGCCCUCACUUAAGAACUCCAACCCUGACGAGAUUGAGAUCGACUUCGAGACACUGAAGCCAUCUACCCUGCGGGAACUGGAACGCUACGUCACCUCCUGUUUGCGGAAAAAACGGAAACCUCAAGCCGAGAAAGUGGAUGUGAUUGCUGGCUCCUCCAAGAUGAAGGGCUUCUCAUCCUCGGAGUCUGAGAGCACCAGCGAGUCCAGCUCUUCCGACAGUGAAGACUCCGAAACAGAGAUGGCUCCGAAGUCCAAAAAGAAGGGGCACCCCGGGAGAGAGCAGAAGAAGCACCAUCACCACCACCACCAGCAGCUGCAGCAGGCCCCGGGUCCUGGGCCCCAGCAGCCCCCGCCACCUCCCCAGCAGCCCCCGCCACCCCCACCUCCGCAGCAGCAGCAGCAGCAGCAGCAGCAGCAGCAGCUGCCCCCACCACCCCCACCCUCCAUGCCGCAGCAGGCUGCCCCCACGAUGAAGUCCUCGCCCCCGCCUUUCAUCGCUGCCCAGGUGCCUGUCUUGGAGCCUCAGCUCCCAGGCAGUGUCUUCGACCCCAUCGGCCACUUCACCCAACCCAUCCUGCACCUACCGCAGCCUGAGCUGCCCCCUCACCUCCCCCAGCCACCUGAGCACAGCACUCCGCCUCAUCUCAACCAGCACUCAGUGGUCUCUCCUCCAGCUUUGCACAACGCGCUGCCCCAGCAGCCAUCGAGGCCCAGCAACCGAGCCGCCGCCCUGCCCCCCAAGCCUGCCCGCCCCCCUGCUGUGUCACCCGCUCUGGCCCAGCCACCCCUGCUCCCGCAGCCCCCUAUGGCCCAGCCACCCCAAGUGCUGCUGCAGGAGGAAGAGGAGCCGCCUAACCCACCCCUCACUUCCAUGCAGAUGCAGCUCUACCUGCAGCAGCUACAGAAGGUGCAGCCCCCCACACCUCUACUCCCUUCCGUGAAGGUGCAGUCCCAGCCCCCACCUCCCUUGCCACCCCCGCCUCACCCUUCUGUGCAGCAGCAGCUACAGCAGCCACCACCACCUCCACCACCCCCCCAGACACAGACCCAGCCCCAGCACCAGCCGCCCCCCCGUCCUGUGCACAUGCAACCCAUGCAGUUCCCCACUCACAUCCAGCAGCCCCCGCCACCCCCAGGCCCACAGCCCCCGCACCCGCCUCCCAGCCAGCAGCCACCCCCACCACAGCCCGCCAAGCCUCAGCAAGUCAUCCAGCAUCACCCUUCACCCAGGCACCACAAGUCGGACCCCUACUCAACCAGUCACCUCCGUGAAGCUCCCUCCCCGCUUAUGAUACAUUCCCCCCAGAUGCAACAGUUCCAGAGCUUGACCCAUCAAUCGCCACCCCAGCAAAACGUCCAGCCGAAGAAGCAGGUAAAGAGCAGGGCUGGGCCUCGGCCCUCAGGGCCAGGCACGGGCCAGGGCCAAGGCUGCCUGCCCGCCUCACCGGCCGCCGUGCCUGUGCCGUCCCAGGAGCUGCGCGCGGCCUCCGUGGUCCAGUCCCAGCCCCAGCCCCUGGUGGUGGUGAAGGAGGAGAAGAUCCACUCACCCAUCAUCCGCAGCGAGCCCUUCAGCCCCUCGCUGCGGCCGGAGCCCCCCAAGCACCCGGAGAGCAUCAAGGCCCCCGUCCACCUGCCCCAGCGGCCUGAGAUGAAACCUGUGGAUGUUGGGAGGCCUGUGAUCCGGCCUCCUGAGCAGAACGCACCCCCACCAGGGGCUUCUGAAAAGGACAAACAGAAACAGGAGCCGAAGACACCAGUCGCACCUAAAAAGGACCUCAAAAUCAAGAACAUGGGCUCCUGGGCCAGCCUGGUACAGAAGCACCCCACCACCCCAUCCUCCACAGCCAAGUCAUCAAGCGACAGCUUUGAGCAGUUCCGCCGUGCAGCCAGGGAGAAAGAGGAACGUGAGAAGGCCCUGAAGGCGCAGGCCGAGCAUGCAGAGAAGGAGAAGGAGCGACUACGGCAGGAGCGCAUGAGGAGCCGAGAGGAUGAGGACGCACUGGAACAGGCCCGGCGAGUCCAUGAGGAGGCACGCCGGCGUCAGGAGCAGCAGCAGCAGCAGCAGAGGCAGGAGCAGCAGCAGCAGCAGCAGCAGCAGCAGCAGGCGGCCGCAGUGGCCGCAGCUGCCGCCGCCCCCCAAGCCCAGAGCUCCCAGCCCCAGUCCAUGCUGGACCAGCAGCGGGAGCUGGCCCGAAAGCGGGAGCAGGAGCGAAGGCGCCGGGAAGCGAUGGCAGCUACCAUUGACAUGAAUUUCCAGAGUGACCUAUUGUCAAUAUUUGAAGAAAAUCUUUUCUGAGAGCACCUAGGUGACUUCUGACUUUGAUUUUCUGGCAAAAAGUUGACUCUCCAUAGUGUUAGGGGCAGCAGCAGGGGCGGUAGCAGUGGCCAAGGCCUGUCUCCAGGCCUGGCCCUCGUGCAUGCUAUGCCGGGGCGGGCCUGACGGGCAGCUGAGGACUGCAGAGCCCGUCUGCCUUAUAGCCAGCCGGACGUCCUGCCACAUUCACAGGACAUCAGCUCAGAGCACGUCUCACCACGAGCAAGUGCCGGCCAGAUCCAAGUCCGCGUCCCCGCGUGUGGGCAGAGGCCCUACUCUCCGCCAAAUGUCUACACAGUAUACACAGGACAUCGUCGCUGCCGCCACCAUGACUGGUUUUCUGUCCCCAAGAACGUGACGUUCAUGACGUCCUGCCUGCCGGGAGUCCUUCCCCACCGCCCAGCCUCAGCUGCCUGCCCCCAGGAGACCAGGCAGGCCCAAGCAAGCUGGAGGCGGAAGAGGGCACCGGCCCACCCCCUUGCUGGCACUGACUUUGCCUUGAACAGAUCCCACCCCUACCCUCCCCCCACAAGCCUUUAAUCGAGAGCCGCUCUCUGUAAGUGUUCGCUUGUGCAAAAGGGAAUAGUGCCGUGGAGGUGUGUGUGUGUCCAUGGCAAUCCAGAGCGAGGUGACUGUCACACGUGUGUGGGCCGGCCUCGCCUGGUGAGUGAGGCCACCAACCAAAGUGAGUUCCUUCCCACCUGUGUUUCUGGGUUUGUUGUUUUUUGUUUUUUUUUUUUUUUCUAUAUAUAUAUAUUUUUUGUUGGAUUCUAUUUUAUUUUUAAUUCUUUCUCCUCCUCCAAACAGAAUGGCACUGCUUAUCUCCAAAAAGGCGUGAUCCUCUUCUCAUUGGGCAGCAGCUGCCACCGCGCUGUGGGUAGUGUGUGACCAUGGCUGUACUAUAUAGUGAAACAUAGUUGCAUAUCUUUGAAGUUUGUUGGUGACUCCACCAACCUGGUAUAAAAAAACAAAAUCCCACACACGCAAAAGAAACAAAACAAAAAACUGCCUAUAUUUUACUCAGUUCCAAACUUUAUCAGUCCAUUUUUAAUUAUAAAACCAGAAAACUGUUUUCUUUUCCCUCUCAACCCCAUCUGUUGGUUUGUUUUUUAACGUCAAAUCUGUUUUGAGUUUUUUACCAGAAAAGGAAGGGGUGGGCCAGGGUACAAGGCGGGUGUCAUGACCAUGGACUGAGGCAGAGGCUCCCAGCCUGGUGCGUGCCCACCCAGUCAGCUGCCACUUUCCCCACUUUUUUUUUUUUUUUUUUUUAAUUUUGUAAUUGGAUCCCUUGGAGAGGUUACGAGUGCCAUGAGAACCCACUCUACACCACAACGCUGGUGCCUCAGUGUUGGCCAAACUCGAGUCAGUGACUGGUUUGACUUUCAUAUGGUGAAUAUGCAUUUGGUCUGUACUGAUCAUGGAAUAAACACAUCUCUCUUUUUUAAUGCUGACGUCUCCCUGACAUUUCUUUGAACCACCUGUUGUCCAGGCCAGGCCUAGGAGUCCCCCAGACCAUGUCUGUGUAAGAACUCCCACAAAGGGCCAGCUAGCCCAUCUGUGGUCUGUCCCCACCCUCCUGAGCUGAAUGGGAGCCCAGGUACCCAAUCUUCCCUCCUGGGCAGGUGACAUGCUCCAGCAGAACCAGGCCAGAUUCCAGACAGUAUUCACCCUCCUUCAUCCUUGUCCCCCACUCACCAGGGAACUUGGACCGUUUCUCCCACCUUGCCUGCCUCUGCCUAACUUUUCAUUUAAGCUCAGGGUUACCCAGAUAUUCUUAGAUAAGCGUACAUCCUCCCAACUAGGAUCCUCCCUCACAUGCACGCAGAUGUGCACGCACACAUUCCUGCCAGAGAGAGCCCACCAGGCGGCCACCCUGCCUGUGUGCCCGUGAGAAGCCACAAGGCAAGCUCAGUCCCCAGGAGCAGCCCCUAGGAUGUAAGGUGAAAGUAUAUCAUUUAUGUGUAUGCAGAGAAACUAAUUGAAACACUUCUAGCACUGUAUUAACCCAUACCCCCCGUUUUUAAC